UUUUACGUGAUAUAGCCAAAAUCAACGGUCGUGAAAUUUCGGUUGAUGCUAGUGAUCUAACAGUCCCUGAUGAAGCUCCUCGUAGAGGUAAUGAGUCUAAUCAUUCGGACGUAUUAGCUCAAGUUUUAAAGGAUAUACUUGUAUAUUCCGCUUGGGGAAUACCGGGUUCUUUAAUUGGAACUUGGUUAAUUGAUACACCACUUGGUAGAAGAUACACAAUGGCGGCUGGUGCUUUCGGCACAUCUAUUUCUGUUUUCAUGUUUUCCGUUCUUACAACAAGAAUUGGAACAAUUAUAUGUUGUUCAGCUAUUAGUUUAUUCACUACUAUUAAAUAUGCAGUUAUCUAUGGAUAUACUGCUGAAGUAUUUGAAACAAAAGUCAGGGGUACUGCAAAUGGGAUUGCUUCUGCAUGUGCAAGAAUGUGA